CUUGUUUUCUCGCGAGUCAAAUGAAUUAGUUGUCCACUUAAACAUACUUUUAUGUGUUUGUCGUCAACCGGAAGUUGUUCUUCUUCAUCCUUCUUCUUUCCUCUUCGUUUUCCGGUCGUGACUUUAAGCUUGGCGUUAACAUUUUGAACUCCAUUCAUGUGAGCGUCCGGACGAGUCUGCAGAGCGCGCGAUGGCCGGCCCGGAGCUCCUGCUGGACUCCAGCAUCCGUCUGUGGGUGGUGCUGCCCAUAGUCUUCAUCACCUUCCUGGUGGGCGUCAUCCGCCACUACGUCACCCAGUUGCUGCAUAGCGACAAGAAGGUGGACCUAGAGCAGCUCUCUGACAGUCAGGUGCUCCUGCGCAGUCGCAUCCUCCGAGAGAACGGCAAAUACAUCCCCAGACAGUCAUUCACCAUGAGGAAGCAUUACUUCAACAAUGCGGAAACGGGCUUCUUCAAGAAGGUCAAGAGGAAGGUGGUCCCCAAAAACCCGAUGACAGACACGAGCAUGCUGACAGACAUGAUGAAAGGAAACCUGACCAACGUGCUGCCCAUGAUCGUGAUUGGCGGCUGGAUCAACUGGGCCUUCUCUGGAUUCGUCAUAACCAAGGUCCCGUUCCCGCUGACGCUGAGGUUCAAGCCCAUGUUGCAGCGCGGCAUUGACCUGCUCACACUGGACGCGUCCUGGGUGAGCUCUGCAUCCUGGUACUUUCUCAAUGUGUUUGGCCUGAGGAGCAUGUACAGCCUCAUCUUGGGACAAGACAAUGCCGCUGACCAAUCGCGCGUCAUGCAGGACCAGAUGACCGGCGCCGCCAUGGCCAUGCCCCCGGACCCCAACAAGGCAUUUAAGAGCGAGUGGGAGGCGCUGGAGAUCGUGGAGCACAAGUGGGCGCUGGAGAACGUGGAGGAGGAGCUCAUGGCUCGAGAGCUUAACUUCGGAGGAGUCUUCAGCCAGGACCUCAAGUCCGCAGUGUUCUAGAAGGCGAUACUAGAACGGGCCUGGGCAAGUAUGGCCACCCAAGCCCUACAUGUGGCCCACUUCUAUCUUUAAGCUGGCACACCAAACAUUUACUUUGUCAAAAAUCCUAUUGGUUGCAUUGUGUUGUUUUUUUUUUCUUAAACUUUGUUAAAAAAUAAAUUCUUUUUUCAUUACUCAAA